UGAAUAAACAUGUAUAAAAUGAUAAAUUUAAAUUUAAACACCAAUAAUUGUCAACGUCGCAAUCAUACUUUGACCACUCCAAGAGAUAAAGCUAAACCAAAGGCUUCGGAAGUAUUAACAACAUAUUUAAAACAGUGUGGUGAACCACCAUGGACGUCAUUUUUCUUAAAAUAUAAAAGUGUGCAAAAUGAUCAAUGGGGUUUUAGCCAUUUCAAUUGGAAAGUGGGUAACUCAAAUUAUCAUAUAUUGAGGACUGGUUGUUAUCCAUAUAUUAAAUAUCAUUGUACAAAACGACCGUAUCAGGACUUAUCGUUGGAAGAUUUAUGUUUUCGAUAUCUUAAAAUACUCAACUUGGGAAUUCCUUUAUUACUGUACGGAAUUGCAGCGACGCAAUUGAUAACCCAUACAGAAAUUGUGAAUACAAAUAAUGGACCCGUUACGGUAUAUUUUUUAUACAAGGAGGAUAAAGGAUCAAUGUAUUAAAUGUAUAUAAAUAUA